AGUGUGACUACAGCCAAAGAGAGAGGGGGGGAGACAGAGAGGGAGGGAGAGGGAGGAAAAAAAAAUAAAGCAGUGAAACAGUUAGACAGACACCUACUCGGCGUUUACGCUCGGCCGUAUUUUAAUAAACAAGGACGCACUGUAGCCCGGCUCUGUGUUAGGCUGUCACUCCUCUCUCUAUCUCCCUGUCUCUCUCUUUUCCAAAAGAAGGAGAAGAAGAAGGAGAAGAAGCCGCGUUUUCUUUUUAUAUAUUUGUAUUUUCUUGUAACGCAUUUCGGAGGAUUAAUAAUAAGGUGGUGGUGGUGGUGGUGGGAGAUCAAGAAUUACUCCCCAAGAUCUUCACAUGAAACAUUUCUUCCCGGAUGAUGCUGCCUCCGCCGACGUGUGCCUGAAGAAACAAAGUCGGCUUCUCAACUUGCGAUUUGACAUCAUUCACCCAGGUGUAUGUGCCAAGGCGGUAUGCCCCGGGGAAUAGUGCUGACAGUGCACUAGGAGUCUGAACCUUGUCAGUAUUUGUGGCUGAGGAGGAGAGGUGCCGUGCCGUGCCGUCCUGUGCCGUGCUGUGUUUGACGCCAUGUCCCUGACUGACAAACACAAAGUGAAGAGGCAGCGGCUGGACCGGAUCUGCGAAGGUAGGGUUACAUGUAUUCGGCCCCAAAUCAUGAACGGGCCAAUGCAUCCCCGCCCCCUGGUGGCGCUGCUCGAUGGGCGCGACUGUACCGUGGAGAUGCCCAUCCUGAAAGACUUGGCUACUGUUGCCUUCUGUGAUGCUCAGUCCACACAGGAGAUACACGAGAAGGUGCUCAACGAGGCAGUAGGAGCCAUGAUGUACCACACCAUCACCCUGACCAGAGAGGAUCUGGAAAAGUUCAAAGCUCUACGCAUCAUCAUCCGCAUCGGCAGCGGCUAUGACAACAUCGACAUCAAGGCUGCUGGAGAGCUGGGCAUCGCUGUGUGUAACAUUCCCUCGGCAGCUGUGGAGGAGACGGCAGACUCCACCCUGUGCCACAUCCUCAACCUUUACCGGCGAAACACCUGGCUCUACCAGGCUCUCCGGGAGGGCACGCGGGUCCAGAGCGUGGAGCAGAUCCGCGAGGUGGCGUCCGGCGCUGCCCGUAUCCGUGGCGAGACCCUGGGCCUGAUUGGCUUCGGUCGUUCAGGCCAGGCGGUGGCAGUUCGGGCCAAGGUUUUCGGCUUCAACGUCAUCUUCUAUGACCCCUACCUGCAGGACGGCCUGGAGCGCUCGCUGGGCGUCCAGCGCGUCUACACCCUGCAGGACCUGCUCUACCAGAGCGACUGCGUCUCCCUGCACUGCAACCUGAACGAACACAACCACCACCUCAUCAACGACUUCACCAUCAAACAGAUGCGUCAGGGUGCGUUCCUGGUCAACACCGCACGGGGAGGCCUGGUGGAUGAGAAGGCUCUGGCCCAGGCGUUGAAGGAGGGAAGGAUACGUGGAGCCGCUCUGGACGUUCACGAGGCGGAGCCCUUCACUUUUGCUCAGGGCCCACUGAAAGACGCUCCGAACCUGAUCUGCACACCACACACAGCCUGGUACAGUGAGCAGGCCUCUCUGGAGAUGAGGGAGGCAGCCGCCACCGAGAUUCGAAGAGCCAUCACCGGCCGUAUCCCGGACAGCCUAAGAAACUGCGUCAACAAGGAGUUCUUCGUCACCACGGCACCGUGGGCAGUAAUGGAUCAACCAGGCGUUCACCCUGAGCUCAACGGCGCCGCCUACAGAUACCCUCCGGGUGUAGUUGGAGUAGCUCCGGGCGGCAUUCCAGGGGCGUUAGAGGGCAUGGUGCCAGGCGGGGUGCCCAUCGCUCACACCCUGCCCUCUGGUACACACCCCUCCCAGGCCCCGUCACCCAACCAGCCCUCCAAACACGGCGAGACCAGAGAGCACCUCACCGAGCAAUAGCAGCAGAAGGGAUACAAACAGCGACAUCUCAUCCGACCCGUCGACACUUCAGAACCAACCGAUCACAAAACAACCGACCAACUGGGACCAAGAGACAGUGAAACAACACAACAAGCAGCUGCCUGUUAAAUCAGUCAGCAACUGGGAACAAAAGAAGUGUUCCGGGGGAAUUUGUACUUUUAACGUUUUAGUUUUUACUCUCUGUCUCUUUGGGCUCAGUACCGACUUUACUCUUUGAUGAUGAUGAUGAUGAUGUUUUUUUUUUUCUUCUUCUUCUUCUUCGGGACAUGCCUAUGAUUGUGGACACACACAGAGUCCAGUGUUUUUUUUUAGCGCUCCGGGAUUACCCGAUGAGACUCUGUCCCACUCCCACCCUGAUCCCCUCCAACAGCUCAGAGCUCAUGGGAAACGUAGGCCCACAUCUCAACCACACCUAUGGGCGAACAAGAGAAAAAAACUUUGGCAUCAUGUGCUACUGGACCUUAUCUCCCCCCCACCCCCCUUCCCCAACUCCCUCCUGAUCCCUCCCCCACCACCUCUCCUCCAACCUUCCUUAUGUAACUAAUGUGUGUUCUUUAGGCCCCCCCCUCAUUAUGCCUCAGAAGAGAAUUAUUAAUUUUGUUUUUUCUUUCAAUCUUUAGUGUGAAUGACUAAAAAUGGAUUAUUGACUUAUAUAUAUUUAUCAUUCGUCAAAUAAAAGGAAAAAGAUUGCUCAUCAGUUAUAGUAAUCUAGAGUGGGUUUUAACCCUUUCCUGGCAAUAACACAUAAAGCAUGAUGGCUGUCACAGUUGCAGGAUUUCACCACACGAGGGCACUUCUACACAGGGUGAGGGAUUUCCCUCUGUACCUGUGUCCAUUAAGAUCAUUAAGUUGCUCCAGUAUAUUUUGAGUGAUUAUUUUUGUAAGCUGUCAGCAGAAAACACUAAACACAACACUUUAUACACAGACUGUAGCUGAAUCGAGGUGACAUUGGUUUCAGGCGGAGCUGCAGCUGAUGUGUCAGUGCGACUGAGCUGUUGAAGAACGAAACCUUUUUUUUAAAAAUAAUCCUCGAAAUGAAAUAACGUCAAGUGGGACUGCAUCCGAUUCAUCUGCUGACAAACGGACAUUUCUGAUGACAGCCCAACGGACGGGCCGAGCUCAUCUUUGUGGCAGCGGCCUGCACAGAUCACAACUUCCUCCCACCUCCCUUCGGGUUCUUUGAGCACAUUUUUCCCCCCACUGAAGACAGGAAAGGGUUAAAGCAAACUUCAUUUCUUAAUGACUCAGGAAAACACUUUUUUGCAGAUAUUGUUUAUUCCCCAGAAUUUUGUCUUUGAGAAGAAAAAAAAAAAAGAUAAGACUAAUCUGGUUAGUCCGGAUAUUUUCUUUUCCUCCCUCAUCCUCUCCAUUGUGGUAUUUUUAUAUACAAGGCGCAUCCCACGUUUUUUGGUGUUAAAGAGUUUUGAAGAGUCCUGUUAGAUUUGUAUUGCCUAGUUAAAUGUUCCUAUAACCAUAGUCCUAUGUGAUCCACCCUCUCUCUUCUCUCCUUCUUAUAUUUUUUCUUUGUUCUAUUGAAGGCCAGGUUCUUUGGGGCAUCCUGUACUCUGUAAGAGCAAUAGCAGAAACUCCUACUUAGUGUCCCAACAAUAGCAGAAGAGGCAGCCAGCAGUAUGUUUUUGUUUUUAGUGUGAGUAUUUGUAUUUGUUUCUUGUACAAGGUGAACAUUUAGCAUUCAGUGCAGUUCAAAUAAAAGAUACGAUUCUGAGAACCA